AUGAAGGCUGAAAGCAGAGGAAUCACUGGCUGGUUGGUCUCCCUCACUGCCAUCUGCCUGGUGACCACGCCCGGGGGCAGGGCGUGUCCUCGCCGCUGUGCCUGUUACAUGCGCACGGAGGUGCACUGCACGUUUAGGUACCUGACUGCCAUCCCAGACGGCAUCCCACCCGACGUGGAGCGUAUCAAUUUAGGAUAUAACAGCUUGGUCAGAUUGACAGAAAGAGAUUUUUCUGGGCUGAACAAGUUGGAGCUACUAAUGCUGCACAGCAAUGCCAUCCACACGAUCCCCGACCAGGCCUUUGCGGAUCUCCAGGCCCUGCAGGUCUUAAAACUGAGUUAUAACAAAGUCCAAAACCUUCGGAAGGAGACUCUUUACGGCCUCAGAAACUUGACAAGGUUGCAUUUGGACCAUAACCAUAUCGAGUUCAUAAACCCGGAGGUUUUUCAUGGACUCACCUUCCUCCGACUAGUGCAUUUGGAAGGAAAUCAACUGACCAAACUUCACCCAGAUACGUUUGUCUCCUUGCGCUACCUCCAGAUCUUUAAAACGUCUUUCAUUAAGUACCUGUACUUGUCUGAUAACUUCCUGACCUCCCUCCCUCAAGAGAUGGUCUCCUAUAUGCCUGGCCUGGAAAGUCUUUAUCUCCAUGGAAACCCAUGGACCUGUGAUUGCAAUUUAAAGUGGCUGUCCGACUGGAUCCGGGAGAAGCCAGAUGUAAUCAAGUGCAAGAGAGACAGAAGUGCCCCCGGCGCUCAGCAAUGCCCACUUUGCGUGGACCCCAGGGCCUCCAAAGGCAAGCCCUUGGCUGUGGUCCCAGCUGCAGCUUUCCAGUGUGUCAAGCCAACGAUUGACUCAGCCUUGAAACGGAAGCACCUGACCGUUCUGGAAGACACCGCUUCUGCCUUCCCCUCUCCCCAAGACUUCAUGGCACCCUUGGGUUCCCUCACCUUGAAUAUGACAGACCAGUCUGGAAAUGAAGCCAACGUGGUCUGCAGGGUCCAGAAACCCUCCAGAACAUCAUCCACUGCAUUCACAGAGCAAGGCGCCUCCAUCGUGCUCCACACACCACUUUCUACAGGUCUGGUGUGUAAUGUCGCGUUCGGCCACAUUCAGCCCGUGUGGCAGGUUCUAGCUUUGUACAGUGAUUCUCCGCUGAUCCUAGAAAGAGCACGUUUGAUCCCGGAAGCGUCCCAGCACGGAUACAAGUAUAAGCAGGUGGCUUCUAAGGCCGAAGGCAUUUUCACCAACAUUGAGGCACAUCUCAACGCCGAUCCCUCUUGGUUAAUGCAAGACUAUGUUUCCCUGCGACUCGACAGAGCUGCGACGACACUCAGCACCCUGCAUAUCUGCUACUCGAGUGAUGUUCACGUCACUGUGCCGAGGGAGCAGAUCAAACCGGGAGCAUACGGAUGGACCCUGAUCUCAAGGGACACCAAGAGGAAGCCAGAACGCACCGUUUUGGUUGGUGGGGCGAUUGAGCUGGACUGCCCGGCUCGAGGAGACCCCACCCCGCAUUUGGAGUGGCUUCUGUCGGAUGGGAGUGAAGUGAGAGCCCCUUACGUCAGUGAGGACGGACGGCUCCUGAUAGACGAGAGCGGGAAACUGGAGCUUCUGAGAGCGGAUCGCUUUGAUGCGGGGCCGUACCACUGCAUAAGCACCAAUGCUGGCGACGCAGAUGUGCUCACCUACCGGCUCACUGUGGUUGAACCCCCCGUCGGAGCCCGUCACGAGGAUGGGGCUCCCCACACAGUCGUCCUCGGGGACACGCUCGAGCUUCCAUGUCCUUCCACCGGGAGCCCCGACGCCUCCGUCAGCUGGGUUCUUCCCGGAAGCACGGUGCUCUCUCAGUCCUCGAGAGACAAGCACAUCGGUGAGCACGGUGCAUUAAGAAUCAUGCAGGUCACGCAGGAAGACCAGGGCCUUUAUCGCUGUGUGGCUGCCAACCCAUCAGGGGUUGAUCUGUUGACGUUCCGAGUUUCGGUCCAAACAGAAGAAGCGAGGCCAGCGGAGCCUGAUGGAGAAGUGGGCGGCUCUGGACUCGAUGGCUUGAAUCCCGGCGCUCACCCGACGGAGCCCCCAGCGGUACAACUCCUUACAUCAGCGCCAGUGGAGGCAGAGGUGGGGAACCAAGUGCCGGUCCCAAAGCAGGAGCACAGCUCCCGGGAGUCAGCACCCCGCCGACGUGGAGAUUUCCGGAACCGACAGUUUGGGGAGCACAGGAGACAGUUUCCUCCCGCUGCUCGGCGAAUCGACCCGCAGCGCUGGGCUGUGCUCUUGGGGAAAGCGAAACAGACGGCGGCCCUGGACAAGCCGGAGAACAGCCCAGGGCAGCCCACUCCACCAGGGCCCCAGCCCCAGACACCGCCUGGCGAGGGAGAAGGCUCCGGGGUGCUCCCUCCAGAUGAGGAGUUGCUGGGUCCAGCAAGAACCCUGACUGCUGAUCCCACAGCCACCUCCCCAGACCCCGGGAUGGACGUCAUGACUUCUGGCACCAGCGUCUCCCCAGCUGUGAGUCCACUGAUCCCGCCACCUGGGAAUCCUCUAGAGCUCAGCCCCCAGGCUGCUGUGCAAACGACCACGACCACGGUGUCAAUGAAGAGAAAUCCAACCGCAUCCACCAAGAGGCAGGACACCCCCAGCCCAAACUCCCACACGGUCUCUCCGCCACGGGCGACCAGCUAUGUCAGCAGCAAAGUGCUUAGCCAUGCUAACAGCACAUCCGGCGUAUUCUUGGCAUCGGUGAAUACUCCGAGGGCUCGUCCGACACCUGCCGCAGCAGCCAGCGAACCCAGGAGCAAGGAUUUCUACUCUCAUGCUGCUCAAAGGCUUAGCGCCUCUACCCUCUCUGCAGAUCCACACGCUGCUGCCAAAUCUGGGCUCGAGAUCCCUAGAAAUAUCACAAUGAGCGCUGCACCCUCCAGACGCUUUGGGAGGAGGAGGAAAAUUUGGGGCAGGGGGCGGCUGGUAAGCCCCUAUAGAACUCCAGCUCUCGGGCGGCACAGGUAUGGCCUCAUGAGACCACGGUUCGGAGCGGCUCCCGAAGAGCGCAGCGUGCUUUGCCCUUCCUGCUCGCCCACGCCCACGGAGAGGCUUGCCUCUGCCACAGCCGCCUGGUCUUCUCCAGCUCCUCCCCCAGUCAGCCCCCCGCAAACCGACUUCGCCACACCCACCUCUGGAGAGCCUGCAAGGCCCCUCCAGAGUCGACCGCUGCUAGCUGGCAAGGAAGCCGGAGCUCUUGAAGUGAAGGUGCCCGCAGUAAAGGAUCUCCGUGCUGAAGGCACCCGAGCGGCUCCAACGGAUGCAGCUAGGACCCGUGGCCCCACAUCUUUCUCUCUGGGAGCUACUCAUUCAGUGACGACGCGUGACCCCAAUGAGCCCAGCUCCCGUGAAGUUGAAAGAGAUUCGUUGAGGAUAGCAUCCCUUCCAGAGCCCAUCACAAAACCAUCCACGCCUCGUAUCAUAGCCACUACCAGUUUUCCAAGAAAGAAAUUCCCCGGGCAUCACGUCUUUGUAAAUAACUAUUCCCCAAAAGAGUGGCUUAAGAAACAGCAUCAGUUUCAUGCAGAGAAAAGCACAGUGUUUCCCCAAACACCCCCUGCUCAUGUCUCCCCUUUCCAUAUAGCAACCCUCUCCACAAAGCGGGUAUCCACUUCAGCUCUGGCCGCACAGGCUACAGCUCAUGGUGAGACCACUGCAGUACAAAUUCCUAGCCGUCCCUCACCAGUGACCCAGCGGCCCUUCACGCCCCUUGACUCUGUGGCUAGUGUCACAAGCCAGGAGCCACACAUCACACACCUCAAAUCCACGCACACAGCCAUGCGGACAACACCUCCAACGGCCUUUGCAUCUGUCGUCGGUAAUAUCCAGACCGUCAGACCCAAGGACCGGAGACAACACAGACGGCCGGAGCCUCAGAAGGAUAGGGGCGGGCUGAACCUCGCAGAUCUGACCCCACCCAGUGUUUUUGCUUCAACUCCUCCUCCCCUAGAAAGUCCAAAAGGCAUCGCAAGCAAGGUGAGUCUCCAUUCAAGACCUCUCCGUCCGACGGACGGAGCUGAAGCACACCACCAGCAGAGUUUUCAGCCUCGGAAGAGCACAACAGCUCGUGAGGCAAAGCUGUCCCGCCAACUUCCCCGGGGGCCCACAACCAGGGAGACUAGCCACUCCACUGGGCGCCCAAUCCUGAGCAGUCCGGCCACCCCCAUGCCAGUUCCCACUCAUCCCUUUCCUCGACAUUCCGCCACGGACCAUGUGGCAGCUCCCACUUUUAGGAUGAUAGAUGCAGUAGCCGAGCUGUCAGAACCCUCCAGGGGGGAUGCUGAUUCACACCCGCCAGUAGCUGGGACUGCAACAUCAGCCGAGGUCCCCCCAAGUGCCAAGUUCACCAUCAGACCCACCCCCUCCUACUCUGACAACUUACAGUCGGCUCCAAUGCCGGUCCUGCUCACGGUGAAACCACAGAGUUCUAAACCAACUCCCGCCCCCUGGACAGAAAACCAAUUCUGGCCCAAGUCCUAUCCAGAAAUCCCCAGAAAAAAACCCAAACUGGAAGUGAGCGUGCCGACCACGUUUGGUUCGCCAGGGGCCCUCACUCCUGUGCCAAAGUGGGAUGGAUCGAAGACGGCCCCAAAGAGUGGCUUUGAGAGGACACAAGUGACAAAGACGAUCACUUCCGAAUUCCGCCCCUUUGACAUGCUGUCUCGGAGCACACUCGAAAAGCCCAGAAUUGUCGGAGGGAACGCCGCAAGUUUUACCGUUCCAGCGGAGUCUGAUGCCUUCCUUCCCUGCGAGGCUGCUGGAGACCCCGCUCCCACCGUCCGCUGGACCAGAGUCUCAUCAGGACUUGAUUUGUCUGGAAGGAAGCAGAGAAGCAGGUUCUGGGUGCACCCCAAUGGCACGCUGUCCAUCCAGAGCGUGGGCAUCCAGGACCGCGGACAGUACCUGUGCUCGGCUUCCAAUCCUCUGGGCACGGACCGCCUUCACGUCACCUUGUCUGUGGUGUCCUACCCCCCCAGGAUCCUGGAGAGACGUCCCAAAGAGAUCACGGUUCACUCGGGAAGCUCCGUGGCACUGAAGUGCAGAGCCGAAGGCAGGCCGAGCCCUGAGAUCUCUUGGGUCCUGGCAAACCAAACUGUCCUGUCCGACCCAUCCGAAGGCAGCCAGCGGGCUCGGGUGCAGUCCGAUGGAACGCUGGUGGUGGACGACGUCAGCAUUUACGACCGUGGCUUUUACAAAUGCACGGCCAGCAACCUGGCUGGCCGGGACUCCCUGCUGGUCAGGAUGCAAGUCAUCGCAGCCCCACCUGUUAUUCUAGAACAGAAACGGCAAGUCCUCGUGGGGCCUCAGGGUGACAGUCUGACCUUCCCCUGUACGGCUGGAGGAACCCCUAGGCCUAGCGUGUACUGGGUCCUCCCAGACGGCACUGAAGUGAAACCCUUGCAACGUAUCAACCCUAAGUUUUCCUUACAUUUGAAUGGAACUCUGAGUGUCAGACAGGUGGCCUCUGAGGAUGGGGGCACCUACGAGUGCAUUGCCACCAGCUCCACGGGCUCAGAGAGAAGGGUGGUGACGCUUGUGGUGGAGGAGCGAGAGAUGGCACCCAGGAUAGAAGCUGCAUCCCGGAGAUGGAUGGAGGUGAAUUUUGGGGACAGGUUACUACUGAACUGCUCGGCUGUGGGGCAGCCCAAACCCAGAAUGAUCUGGAGGCUUCCGUCCAAGGCCGUCGUGGACCAGUGGCACAGAAUGGGCAGCCGAAUUCACGUCUACUCGAACGGGUCCUUGUCCAUUGACUCCGUGACCGAGAGGGACGGCGGGGACUACGUGUGUGUGGCCAGAAACACACGCGGGGACGACCUGGUCCGGAUGCACGUCAGCCUGCGCCCCGAGCCGGCCAAGAUCGACCGCAAGCCGCAUCCUACAACCCGAGUGCAGCAGGGGAAGGACUUCCAAGUGGACUGCAAGGCUUCUGGCUCCCCGGUGCCCGAGAUCACCUGGAGUUUGCCCGAUGGGACCUUGGUGACCAACGCCCUGCAGGCGGACGACAGUGGCCGCGGGGCUCACGGUUACACCCUUUUCGACAACGGGACCUUAUACUUCAACCGUGUAGGGGCGGCACAGGAAGGCGAUUACACCUGCUAUGCGCACAACACCGUGGGGAAGGAUCAAAUGAAGGUUCACCUCACGGUCGUGACAGCUGCCCCCAGCAUCAGGCAGGGGUCCAAGAUCCACCGGAGAGUCCAUGCCGGGGACACGGCCACCCUGGACUGCGCGGUCACCGGGGAGCCCCGAGUGCAAAUAUUCUGGCGCCUGCCUUCCAACGAGAUGAUCUCGUUCUCCACCGACAGGUACACCUUCCAUGCCAACAGCUCUCUAUCCAUCGGCCAGGUGGGGCUGCGCGACGCUGGGGAUUAUGUGUGCGUGUCCCACCAUCCCGGCGGGGGCGACACAGCCAGGUACAGGCUGGAUGUGGUCCCCGAGCCUCCGCGCAUCAACGGCGGGCGCACCACCAGGACGGUGAUGGAAGCCACGGCCGUGAGACAUUCCAGGCAGUCUUUCGACUGCAGGGCCGAAGGGACCCCGGCCCCGCAGAUCACGUGGCUCAUGCCCGACAACCUCGUGCUCCAGGCCCCCUACCACGGGAGCAGGGUCUCGGUGCACAGGAACGGCACCUUGGAGAUCCGCAACGUGAGGCCCUCGGACGCGGCCGAGUUCGUGUGCGUGGCCCGGAACGCGGGCGGGGAGAGCACGUGGGUGGUGCGGCUGCAGGUGCUGGAGAUGCUGCGCAGACCCACGUUCCGCAACCCGCGCAACCAGGUGGUGGUGGCCCAGCUGGGGAGGGCCACGGCUUUGGACUGCUGGGUCGAGGGGAACCCGCCACCCCGAGUCACCUGGAUGUUACCGAACGGCACGAGCCUCUCCAAGGGACCCCGGACCCCGCAGGGCUGGAUCGCUGACAACGGCUCGCUCAUCAUCCCCAAAACCGCUCGCGAGGACGCGGGUAGGUACCGGUGCGCGGCGAGGAACGCGGUGGGCUACAUUGAGAAGCUGGUGGUGCUAGAGGUGGGUCAGCAGCCGGUCAUUCUGACCUCUGCCCGAGGGGUGGUCCAGGGUGUCGCGGGGGAACCGCUGUGGCUUCACUGCGUGUCUGCUGGCAGCCCCCCACCAAGCGUUCAGUGGGCUUUACCCAGUGGCCAGCUAGUCUCCAGGCCAUCGGCCAGCGGGCCCUACAUCCUGCACGAAAACGGCACCCUGCUCAUCAGAGAGGCAGCUGCCCACCACGGGGGCAGCUACGUGUGCCAGGCUCGCAACAGCGUCGGCCAGGCUCGGGUGACGGUGCCCGUCACCAUCAUGGCCUACCCUCCCCGGAUCACAAGCCGCCCGCCCGAGCGUGUACUCGCCAAGGCCGGUGCGGCUGUGCGGCUCCACUGCGUGGCCCUGGGUGUCCCCAAGCCAGAAGUCACGUGGGAGAUGCCCGGCUACACCCUGCUGUCAGGCCAGGGGAGGGCACAUGGGAGCGAGCUGCUUCACCCCCAGGGCACCCUGGUCCUUCAGCACCCGCGACCCUCAGACUCCGGCACUUACAGGUGCCGAGCCAAGAAUCCCCUGGGGAGCGAUUACGCAACAGCUCACAUCCGAGUAAUUUGA